CGUUAUCGCCCAUGGUAAUGUUCGCUGCUGUGACUCAGCUCGCACAGCCUCACAGCUAGCUACCAACAACAACCCUAUUCUUCUAGGUUUCAUCUUUAGGGUCAUUGUCGUUUUAAGUCAUGUCGAUAGUCAAUACAGUCUAGUUUUGAACAACCUGUCUUCCGUCUUUUUGUCAAAACUUAUGAACUUGUUUCACAGUCUGGCUGGUGGCGCGAGUGAAGGCGGUCUCCUCGGCAAAGACUGUCGGCAGAAAUGAAGAGCCAACAGAAAAGCCCUGAUCCAGAUGGGAGUGUUACCGUCAACGAGGAAGGGUCUGUAGCCACGGCAGAGGACCCGGCAGCUAUUGCCACGAUUCAGUCUGCUGCCACCUUCACUGACCAACCCAUCAAAUACCUCUUCAAGACAGAAGGAGCAGGCGGGCAGGUGACCUACAGAGUGAUCCAGGUGUCAGAUGGCCAGUUGGAGGGGCAGACAGAUGGAGCUGCAGCGGUAAGCCUGGUCACUGGUUUCCCCGCAACCACCCAGGCUGUCACACAGGCUGUGUUCUCCCAGCCUGAGGGGUUGGAGGGAGACAGCAGCACAGAGACGCAGUACACCUACUACCCCGCCACCAUCGCAGACGCCACCACUGGCACCAUGGUGACCACAGUGCAGGCCUCUGACACACUGCUGGGCCAGACCACACCCACAGGGCAGCUUUAUGUGAUGAUGUCACCGCAGGAAGUUUUGACAAGUUCCAAUCAAAGGACAAUCGCACCUCGCACUCAGCCAUACAUAGCAAAGCAAGAGGCUCCUCGGGGUUCCAGAGAUGACAAACGGCGAGCCCAGCACAAUGAAGUUGAGCGCCGGCGCAGGGACAAGAUAAACAACUGGAUUGUCCAGCUGUCAAAGGCCAUCCCAGACUGUAACAUUGACUAUACCAAGACAGGGCAGAGUAAAGGAGGAAUCUUGUCAAAAGCCUGCGAGUACAUCAAGGAACUCCGACAGAGCAACCUGAAGCUGGGGGAAGAUAUCAGCACUCUUGAUCGUCUCAGGAUUGACAACCAGCUUCUUAGACAGGAGGUGGAAGACUGGAAGUCCAAAAAUCAGAUCCUGAGGAACCUUCUGCGACAGCAUGGCAUUGUGGGAUCCUCCAGCACAGACCCCCAGUGAGAAGCCUGAUGCCACCGGGUAUUUGAAGACAACCAUAAAUGGGCCAAAAGCAAACUUGAAAUGCUUUGAGACACUGUAUUUGUUGUCAAGAGUGCAUGAAAUAUGGGGAAACAAUUGAAUAUUGUCAUUGAUAUUCGAAUCCAGUUUCCUCGCCUAAUGACACCCUUGAAUAUUAUCUUUAAAGCUAUUUACAAAAUUGAAAUGUUUUGCCUGAUGAAUACAACCUAAUCAUAAUUACAUGAUGUUUUAAAAAGAGAGGGAAAAAAAAUGUUGAUUUCAGGUACAGAAGUCAUCAGCUUAAUCAGUUUUAUAAAGCCCUCAUUGAAUGCCUUCCUCCACAAACAUUAUGAUUGUUAAAGCUCCAUUACAGUGAGCUCUAAAAUAUAGCUAACUACUCAUGUCAGUUUCUUUUUCUUAACCUUUGCAGUACUGUGCUUCUCUAUAUCAAAUACAUUCAAGUUAAUGUCUCAGAAAAACAUUAUAUUCAUGCUUUGAUCAUCUGAUCAACAUCCCUUUGACCAGUUUAUAUAUACUUUGCAUCCAGUUCAUAGUUCAUCUCUCUUACUUUGUAUUUUUGUAUGUUUUAUGAAAUCUUACUGGGGACAAUAAUUGCAUUGCAACAAUGUAACUACGGUAACUAAAUAAACAGGGGUUGGUAAGCAUUGCAUUGUAGUUAGGCUAUGUAAGUCUUUAUAAAAAAAAAAAAAUCAAAUACUAUACUGUGUGUCAUAUAAGCGACUUUUAAUUGUGUUUAUUAAAGUUGGUAAAUUGGU